AUGGGCGAACACGGCCUUGAUUGGCUCCAAGACAAGGCAAUAGGCUGGAGCCACAGACCUCCAGUUGACAAGAUUGACACCCAUCAUCAUUGUGUGCCGUCUUUCUAUGCCAAGGCGAUCGAGGAGCAAGGUGGCGACCCAAGUGGCUGGCCAACUCCCCACUGGAGCCCGCUGGCUUCGAAGCUGCUGAUGAAGCACGCACGCGCUCAACUCGCCAGAAAGUUGAACCAAUACUCUGCAGAUCUCAGGGACAAGGAGCCAGAGAAGUUCGCCUUCUUUGUUUCAUUGCCCAACAUUCUUGACACGGCGGAUGCUCUUGCGGAGAUUGCAUAUGGAUUGGAUACUCUUCAUGCCGAUGGGGUCACUCUUUUUACUCGCUACGGCUCCUCCAACACCUACCUUGGUCAUCCAGAUAUUGAACCCAUUUGGUCAGAGUUAAACAGGCGACGCUGCGUGGUGUUUAUCCAUCCCACCCAUCCAGUCGAUACCAACCCCGUGAACUCAAAGCUACCGCAGCCAGCGAUUGACUACCCUCACGAAACAACUCGUACGGCAAUGGACAUGAUCACCAACGGAACCCGACUGAAGUAUCCCGCCUGCAAAGUCAUCCUAUCCCACGCCGGCGGCGCCCUACCUUACAUCAUUUCGCGCGUCACGACCCCCAUGAAAAAAGCACCAGACUUUGCAGUCUCGCAUCGUACUGGAAUGACGCAUGAUAAGGCAAUGGAGUCUUUCUGUAGCUUCCACUUUGAUUUGGCGUUGAGCUCGUCCCCGCAGGUUCUGGAUAUGCUAUUGAAAAUGGUUCCGCAUGGUCAUAUCUUGUAUGGGAGCGAUUUCCCGUAUGCCCCGAUAACUGCCUACCCGGCAUUUUUGGAGGCGUUGGAGUCGUAUGAGAUGAGUUCAGAGUUGAGAGAUAUGAUCAACUUUGGGAAUGCGAUGAAGCUGUUCCCACGGUUGUCAAGGCAGAGAGGCGGCACUUUGUGA